AUGAUUGUGUUGGCGUGUUGCCAAUUUAUUUUAACUGAUAAACUUACCAAUCUCCGAGAUAAACAAACCAAACCUUCCGAGUUUAGGAAACUGGUUUCGGACUUGUGUGUAUUGCUAUGUUUUGAAGCUACAACCAAGUUGAAUAUGAAACCUAUUGAAAUUGAAACUCCUAUUUGUAAGACAGUACAAAACAUAGUUGCAGAUAGAAUUUGUCUUGUACCAGUGUUGCGAGCUGGCUUGGGAAUGUUGGAAGGUAUGCACAGCAUCGUUCCUAAGGCAAGAGUCAUCCAUAUUGGAUUGUUUAGAAACGAGGAAACGUUACAACCAGUAGAAUAUUACAAGAAACUUCCUCCUGAAUGUGAUGCUGAUAUUGCAAUAGUUUUAGAUCCAAUGUUGGCCACUGGAGGCUCUGCUGUUGCUACUAUUGACAGGAUUAAGGAUUGGGGUGUCAAGAAAGUAAUAUUCAUGUGCAUUUUGGCCGCGCAUGUCGGCAUUAGCAACGUGAAUAAGGCUCAUCCAGAUGUCGAAAUUUACUGUUGUGGUGUUGACAAAGAAUUGAAUUCCAAUGGAUACAUUGUUCCUGGAUUAGGCGAUGCAGGAGAUCGUCAAUAUCAAGGUGACUACAGUUGCGAGUAA